AUGGAGUGGUUAUCUCAACUACCUAAUGUUUUAGAAAUUCAGGUACAAGAUGCAAUUAGAAGAGACCCUUUGAGCAAGAAGGUGUUCCAAGAGCUAGUUACAUAUUUCACGGACGAGGAGAAUAAACGAAGGAAGCUCAGUGGUGGUGGUGCUGACCAUGAUGGUGCCAAUGGGAAAGAUGCUUCGGUUUCAGGGCUAGAAGAGCUCGAGCCGUCGUCGUCGGUGCAUCCCGACUCGAUAAUAUUUGAGAUCCAGCAAAUCUCCUUUUCGUCGCCGUUGAGGAAACGAAUGAACUUGACGUUCCACUUGAUUGAGCAAAAUGGCCAGGCGAUACCUAUUCUUUCCAUCGUGAACCCCGCGAACAACGCGCCCGAGGUUUCGUUUGUCAACCUCCAGCACGCGGUGAAGCUAUGUGUCAUACUACCUGUGUUGGGCAACACCACCAAUCCCCAAAAAAAGUGCGUAGCCUCGCUAUGUUUCUGGAUGCACGAUCUGUACUAUCAAGACGUCAACCAAUCGAAAGAUCCCGUUAUAUGCCAGUUGAACUUGGACGCAAUCAAGAAACAAAUGAUCAAAUCGGGCAAAUUGGCGGCUGAUAUCGAGAGCCAGUUUGAUUUGGCUAGUUAUAAAAACCAGGUCGUCCUUAAUCCGAUCCAGGCACGAAUCUUGGACUAUUUCAAGAGACAAUUCAAGUUGUGUGGCAUGAACUUGGUGAGCUAUCUACCAUGCGAUACUGUAUUGAAAAGCAACUAUGUCGUCAACGAGGACACGGCAAUAGCCAUGACUUUGGCCAACUCGACUUUCCCCUGCAUGAUCAUGGUUGAAUGUCACAAGGGUGCCCGCGAUGGCAAUUUGGUGUUUUUAGAACGCAAUGACUGCAACCCGGCCUAUAUGAUUUUUGCAUUUAAAAAGCCGAUAUUGCUUUACACAAUGUCGAGUGUCGUGAGGGCUAGUUAUUUGAAUGUCACCAAGCAUACUUUUGAUAUCAAGUUGGUGGUGUUGAAUGAAAGAGACGAAGAAAAACUGGUUGAUUUUAGUAUGAUUGACGUGGCGUAUUUCCAAUUGAUUGGAGACUUUUUAACGUCGCAUGGCGUUACCGAUGAUUCGUUUAAUGAGGCUAAUAAGGAGAAAGUGGAUGUCAAGAGUAAUGGUGGCGGUGCAGGUGGUGAACCUGUUACGAUAAUUGAUGAUGAUGACGUUGAUGACGACGACGAUGAAGAGGAUGACGAUUUCGAAGCUGGGGGUCCCGAAGAAGGCAGCGAUGUUGCUGAAGAGUAUGAUAGUGCCGCAGAAAGCGAGCCGGGGCCCCCAGAAGAUGGAGAUGACGUCUUUACAAAAGCCCAAGAAGAUUAA